AGUUGUCGGGGGGAGAGGGCGAGUCGAGCCAGGGGGAGGGAGUGUAAAUAGAGCGAGGGCGGCGUGGCGGCGGCCCCGCCACCUCUGGGCGACCCGCGAGGAGCCCGAGAGAGAUGGACGAAGAUGAGCAAGAGCAGCGGCGCAAGAAGGUGGAAGCCGGGAGAGCGAAGCUUGCUCACUUCCGACAGAGGAAAACAAAAAGUGACUGUACGCAUUCGAAGAAAAAGACGUCGAAGAGGAAGGGCUCGGCUGUCGAUGCGCCUGUCCCGGAGGAGGGUCCGGUAGCUGCCCAGGACGGCAGGCCCCUGGGAGCAAGGGAUCUCAGCAGAAGCACGCCAUGCAGCCGCACCACAAAUGGGGCCAGAGGGGCACUCGCAACUCAGGAAGAAGAACAAGAUUGUGAACUGGCAAGCAGAUCCGAGGAUGAGGCUGCCCAGCAGCAGCAGCCUCAGACGGCACCCAGCCUGGAGCUGGAGGCGCUGCGCCUGAGCCUGAGCAACAUGCACACGGUGCAGCUGGAGCUAACGCAGGCCAACCUGCAGAAGGAGAAGGAGUGCGCACUGGCUGAGCUGCGGGAGAUGCUCAACGGGCGGCGUGCGCAGGAGCUGGCCCUGCUGCAGAGCAGGCUGCAGUGCGAGCUGGAGCUGGUCCGGGAGCAGCAUGCGCGCGAGAAGGAGGCCAUGGCACUCCGCUGUGGGCAGGAGACGGCGGAGCUGAAAGAGAAGCUGCGGUCAGAAAUGGAGAGAAGUGUGCAGAUGGUUGAGACCCUAAAACAAGACUGGGAAUCUGAAAGAGAGUUAUGCUUAGAAAAUCUACGCAAAGAAUUAUCCGCAAAGCACCAGUCAGAAAUGGAGGAUUUGCAAAACCAGUUUCAGAAAGAAUUGGCAGGACAGAGAGCUGAGUUGGAAAAGGUUUUUCAAGCUAAAAAUCAGGCUGAAGUCUCCCUGAAGGACCUGGAGGCUCAACACCAGGCAGCCAUCAAGCAGUUAUGCGAGGACCUGCAGGUGGAGCGCUGCCAGUGCCUGGAAGACCUGGAGUCGAGGUUCAGAGAGAGGGAGAGAGAAAAGCAGCUGGAGCUGGAGAAUCUUCAAGCGUCCUAUGAAGCCCUGAAGGCCCAGUCACAAGAAGAAGUCAGGCGCCUGUGGUCCCAGCUUGAGUCUGUGAGAACCAACAGAGAGGAGCUGAAUGGGCCCCUGGAGCCACUGCUGACGCGAGCCUCCUGCCUGGAGGAGCUGGAGCACCUGCGGCAAGGCUUUGCUCAGCAGCAGCAGCGAGACCGCAGCCAGCAUGAGUCUGAGCUGCAGCAGCUACGGGUCUACUUUGAGAAGAAGUUGAGGGAUGCUGAGAAGACUUACCAGGAGGACCUGACCCUGUUCCAGCAGCAGCUGCAGGAGGCCAAGGAGGAGCCCCCUUUGGGGUCUGGUGAAGUCAGUUCAUCCUGUACAUUUUUAGAAGAGAUGUCUUACGGAAAAAGAAAAGAACACUCUGAUCAACUUGACCUUCGUCUUGAGCGGCAGAAGAUGGGGCCAGCGUGGGAUUCCUCCCUGCACGUCCAGCAUGAGGACCAGUUGGACAGAUGCCUCCUGGGACCUGAGGUGUUGGAGCUAGAGCCACUCCAAGCUGUGCCUUCAGACCAGCACAGCCAAGAGACCGAACAGGUACAUCACCAGUGUGUGCAGGAUGUGACCUUGAAGGAGGACAUGCAGGUUGCCGCCAGAGUUCUGGCUUUGGAAGCUGAGCACAAGGUCAGACUGUCUCUUCUACAGACUGAACUCAAGGAACAAAUCGAACUCUUAAAAAUAGAAAACAGAAACUUACAGGAGAAGUUGCAGCACGAGACCCGUCUGAAAGAGGAUCUGGAGAGUGUAAAACGUAGUUUGUUAGAAGACCACCAGGAAGAACUAAAUAAAGCUGAGCAGAAGGUUCAGCUACUGAAACAAGAGUUCAGACACAAAGAAGUGGAGUGGGAGCUUUUACGCGAGGACCUGAGGAGAGAAGCUGAGGAGAACUUAGCCUCAAUGUGCCGUGAGCUAAAAGAAAAGGCCGAGUCUGAGAAGCAGUCUGCUGUGAGCAGGUUUGAGCGUCGGGAAGCUGGGAUGAGGCACCUGCAGGACCAGCAGGCCGCACAGAUCCUGGCCCUGGAGAAGUCCCUGGCGGAGCAGCAGGGCCGCCUGCGGCAGCUGGAACAGGCCCUUGCUGGGGACCAGGCUCUGCCCUGCCAUGGGUGCAGCCAGGACCCCCCUGUAGCUUCGGACGGGCAGCGUGGCACACUCCUCGAGGGGAAGGAAGAGUGUGCCCUUCAACUGAUGCAGGCUCGGAACAGGUUUUUGGAGGAGCGUAAAGAGAUCAUGGAGAAGUUUGCUGCGGACCAAGAUGCUGUCCUGCGGGACGCUCAGGAGAAGCACGCCCACGAGCUGCAGCUUCUGCAGCAGGGACACCAGCAGCAGCUUCUGGCCUUGAGGACAGAACUUGAGAGCAGGCACCAGGUGGAGCUGGCCGAGCUGGCGGCCACCCUGCAGAGGGAGCAGCAGGUGCUCCUCGAGGCUCGCGUGGCCGAGCUGCAGACGAAACACGCUGCGGAAGUCAGUGCUCUGGAAAGGAGGCAUUCGUCAAGCCUGGAUGCUCUGGAAUCCUGCUGCACGUCUGGGGUUCAGGCCAUUCAGGACCAGCACAGGCAGGCUCUGCAGCUUCUGCGAGCAGAGCUUGAGGAACAGCUGCAGACACAGGGCUCUUCUCACCAAGCAGUGUUGGCUCAGGAGUCGGAGACACUUAAGCUAAAACACGAGAAGGAGCUCCAGUCCGCCAAGGACAGCCUGAGAGCGGAAAUGCGCGCCGAACACACAGAGCAGCUGAAAGCCCUGGCCAUGCAGCUCCAGGGUGCGCACCAGGCUGCAUUGGAGAGUGAGCAGGAGCCUGCGGCGUGUGAACAGGAGAGUGAGCAGGCGCGGUCUCUCUGCCAAAGGAGGAGCAAGCCUCUGCAGCCCCAGGAGGACAGCCAGGUUCAGCAGCUGAAAGGCCAAGUCCUGUCCUUAACCCAGGAGGUGGAGGAGUGCCGGGCUGAGCUUGAGAGGUUACGGCAGAGGCGUGAGAGGGAGAACCAAGAGGGUGCCACCCUUGUCUCCAUGCUCAGGGCGGAUGUGGACCUGUCUCAGAGCGAAAGGGGAGCGCUCCGUGAUGCCCUGAGGAGGCUGCUGGGUGUGUUUGGAGAGACACUGAAGGCCGCUGUUGCCCUGAAGAGCCGGAUUGAUGAGCGCCUGGGGCUCUUCCUGGACCAGGCAGAGGCAGGCCAAGCCCCAUCAGCAGCUCCGCCCCUGGAGGAGAUGUGGUCAGAUGCAGCCCUGCUAGAGUUGGACAGAGCUUUGCCUGAGGGUGCAGAGAUGUCUUCGGUGGCUGAGAUCAGCAGUCAUGUGUGUGAGAGCUUUUUCAUGAGCCCUGAAAGUACGCUGGAAUGUGAGCAGCCAAUCAGAAGAGUCUACCAGAGCCUUGGCAUGGCCGUGGACGGCCUCUUGGAGAUGGCGCUGGACUCCUCCAGACAGCAGCUGGAGGAAGCUCGUCAGAUUCAUUCUCGCUUUGAGAAGGAAUUCAACCAUAAGAAUGAGGAGACGGCGCAGGUCCUGCAGAAGCACCAGGAGCUACUGGAGUGCCUGAGGGAGCAGCGGGCGGCCAGGGCCGAGCUGGCACUGGAGUUGCACAGGGCUGAGGUUGGUCUCCCCUCAGGCCUCCUGGAAGGGUUCAAAGUGGAGAAAGCAGAUCUGCAGGAGGCUCUGGGCCGCAAGGAGGAGUCGGAGCAGCAGCUGGUCCUGGAGCUGGGGAGCCUGGGGCGGCAGCUGGAGCAGGCCGCCCAGGAGAAGGCAGCCCUGCAGGAGGAGCGCUCCAUCUUGCGGAGCCAGAGGGAAGCUUGGGCUGCUGAGGCGGAAACAAGAGAAGCAGGCACUGCGGUCACUGCAGCGCCCGAGAACCCAGCACUGAAGAAGGAAGUGGAAUCUCUAACCAGGGAGCAGGUGGAGGCCAGGGAGCAGGCAGAGAAGGACCGCGCAGCCUUGCUCUCCCAGGUGCGGCUGUUAGAGUUGGAGCUGGAGGAGCAGCUCUCGCAGCACCGUGGCUGUGCCCGGCAGGCCGAGGAGGAGGCUGUGGCCCUGAAGCAGCAACUGGCUGCCCUGGACAAGCAGCUGCGCAACCAGCGGCAGUUCAUGGACGAGCAGGCUGCUGAGCGUGAGCAUGAGCGUGAAGAGUUCCAGCAGGAAAUCCAGAGGCUGGAGGGGCAGCUCCGCCAGGUGGCCAGGCUGCGGCCCCUGGGCCCCUGUGACAGUCAGGGACGUCAGUGUGCACAGCUGGAUGAGGAGAUUGAACUAUUGCAAGAAAAGUUGAGAGAAAAAUCGGAUGGAUUUAAUGAGUUGGUUAUAAAGAAAGAGUUGGCAGAUAGGCAAGUGUUAAUCCAGGAAGAAGAAAUUAAACAUCUGGAGGAGACAAACGCCAACACCAAAAGACAGGUGGCCCAGCUCCAGGAAGAACUGGAAAAACAGAAAAAGAUGGUGAAAAAACUACAAGUAAAGCAACUGCAUCCUAGGACUGCAAUGGAUGGCCGGGGUGCACAAGGGGCAGCACCUCACUCCCACUCUGCCCAAUGCUCCACCUGCCAGGAGCCAGUGCACCAUGAGUCCUCAGUGGCCUGCUUAGUGGAAGAAGAGGCAGUAAAGGAACAGCAGAGGAGUGACGUGAUACUGGUGCCGCUGCCGCAGUCUAGGACCCCCGAGGGCAGGUGUCCCAUGCCUCCAAGGGGCAGCCCCCGGGAAGGCGCGGAGGUCCUGUCAGAGGCGCUGCAGAGGGCCCUGCUUCAGCACGAGAGCCAGGUUUUGGACUUAAAAGAACAACUAGAAAAGAUGAAAGAUGACCUAGUAAGUAAAAAUGAAGAAAUACUACAUCUGAAGUUAAAACUAGAUGUGCAAAGCGACCCUGCGGCCACCAGCACCCAGGGGCUUGACGAGGAGAGUGCCGGUAUAAAGGUUGAGUACAGCAGAAGUUCUGAGGUUGAAGAGCUGAAAGCCAUUAUUGAAAAUUUGCAAGAGAACCAGGAACGGUUACAAAAGGAUAAAGCAGAAGAAAUUGAACAGCUGCAUGAGGUCAUUGAGAAGCUGCAGAGUGAGCUGUCCCUUAUGGGGCCCGUGGUCCAUGAGCUCAGUGACAGUCAGGUGGGCAGCCUGCGCAAUGAGCUUCUCUGUUCCCAGGCCCAAGGCCCUGGAGGGCAGGUGCUGCAGGCUGAGCUCGAGGCCGCACGUGCUGCCAAGGAGGCCCUGGGCCAGCUGUUGGCCGACCAGGCACGUGGACACAGCGAGGCCCUGGAGGCCCUACAGCAGCGCCUGCAAGCAGCAGAGGAGGCUGCUGCCCGGCAACUGGCUGAACUAGGACACAGUGUAGCCCUGAGGGAGGCUGAGGUCCAGGGCAUGGCUUCCCGGAUCCAGGAGCUCGAGGCCCUCCUGAAGGCAAGGGAAGCAACACUUGUGCAGAGAGAUUCAGAAAUCGGUGCUCUGAACAGGAGCAGAGCAGCACACUCCGCGGAGCUGGAGGCCGUCCUGCUGGCCUUGGCCCGCUUCCGCUGCGCCCUUGAACAGCAGCCUCGGGCUGCCCCGGAGGAGCCUCCUGAGCUCCAGCGGUUACGAGUGCAGUGUGUCCGCCUCAGCCGCCAGCUGCAGGCGCUGAGCCACCGGUUUCUGAGGUGCCAGGCGGAGCUGGGCCAGCAGCAGGCCUGUGUGGACGCACAGGCUGUGUGUGAUGACUGGCUGGAGCAGGGGAGCGGAGGCCCCCACGGCCAAGGCCCACAGGACGAUCUGCAGCCUGCCAAAGUCUUGGUGACGCUGAAGGACACUGGUUUCCACAAACCGGAAAGUGCAAUGUCGGUGCUCACAGUCUGCCAGAGACAGCUGGAGGCGGAGCUACUCUUGGUGACAGAGGGCCUGUGCUUGAGCCCGGAGGAUGUUGGCAGGGUGCCAGCAGGGAUGCAGGGUAAGAACAAGCGACUGGAAGAUUGUCAGCUGCAGAAAUUCGACCUCAUAGCUCAGGUGAAACAACUUCAGAAAAAACUAAACCGGCUAGUACACUCCAUGGCCUUCCAGGACAUGGACGUGGGGGGCUCUGAGCCCCAGCAGCCCUCGGCAGCGGCCAGCCCGUCAGAAAACAGCUCCAGUGAGAGUUCCUGCGAUGGAGAAGCGGCAGACGCCUCGCCUCCUGUCGCUGCAUUUGCUCUCCCCACGACCCCGUGGGGUCUAAUUGGCAGUACUAAAGGUCGGCAUUCCUUGGUCAGGAUGGAAAUGCCAUGUUUUCCCACUCGAGAACCAUCAGAGGCACAGGACGAGCCCCUUUCCUCACAGACCAGUGAUCCCAGCGAGUCCUGCCAUGCCAAGGAGGCUGAGCCUGAGAAGGACCCACUCAGGGUGCUGGACCUGUCCUCCUGGAGCUCUCCUGAGGUCCUCCGGAAGGAUGCGACCCUGGACCCCCAGCCCAGCUUCCCCCUGACACCCUGCUCAGGCGCUCUGAGCCUGCCCAGUGUCAUGGCCUCCCCCCAGCCCGGGGCAGACUCGCUGCUGCAGGCCGACAUGUCGGAGCUGCAUUGUUACCCGGGCGGGUCAGCAGCAGGACCAGCCCUGCAGUGGGCAGGAGCCCUUCCAGCUGAGCAGCACCACCACCACAUGGAGAGCACCGCUGCGGAGAAGGACGUCGAGGACUUUAUCGCAACUGCUUCUAAUUCUCAAGACACACGAAGAUCGUCUCCUCUGGGGUUGGCAGGGGACUGUGAUGGAAGUGAACACAGUGGCAGCCUGGGCUUUGGAAUGAUGCUGAGCCCAGAAUUGGGAAGACCCGAGGUCCCCACUGCUGGUUCUGCGACUCCUGCUCUCGUCUCCAGAGGGUCACAACAACCACCCGGAGUGAUGCAGGAGAAGGAGGUCCACCCUCUGCACAUGAAGGCUUUGCUGCAGAUGGUGUGUGACGAGAGCCACCAGAUACUGGCAUUAUCGGAGAGCCGAGGCCUCCCCAGCACUCUGAGCAAGGGUGCGCCCUGGGCCUCCCUGGAUUACUUCUCGAGUGAGGGGCAGGGCCUGCUGGAGGGGGCCCCAGAGAAAGGAGAGAAGGAGUCUUCUGAUACGCAUCUCGACUGGAGGGGCCGCUUUCUGCAGGCCGUUCAAGAGGCAUUGGAGAGGGAGCGGGAGAAACUGAAGGCGGAACUGCAGUCAAGGCCCAGCGGCCCAGACCCAGUGGACUACAGCUUCCUGUUUGAGCGGCUGGAGAAGGUUGUGCGAGAGCAGGGAGACCUGCAGGAGAAGGCUCAGAAGCACCAGCGCCUGCAGGACAGGAGUAGCCUGCUGUCUGAGGUCCAGGCCUUGCGUGCCCAGCUGCGUCUGACGCACCUGCAGAACCAGGAGAAGCUGCAGCAGCUGUGUGCAGCGCUGACCAGUGCAGAGGCCCGCGGAAGCCAGCGGGAGCACCAGCUGCGCAGGCAGGUUGAGCUGUUGGCCUACAAGGUUGAGCAGGAAAAGUGCAUAGCAAGUGACUUGCAGAGAACCCUGAGCAAAGAGCAGGAGACGGCAAGUGAUGUCCGCAGACUCCUAGCACUGGAGCAGAGCGCAGCGCAGGACUUGAAGUCGGAGAACGCAAGGCUGCUGGAGUCCCUUGAGGAGGUGCAGCGGGAGUCCCUCCAGCUGAGGUCUCUGCUGGACGGGAAGGAGAGUGACCUGAAGGCUGCGCUGGAGGAACUGGAGUGUGAGCGUGGGAAGGAGCGUGUCCUCCAGGCCCAGCAGGAGGAGCAGCAGCUGCAGCACCUGCAGAGGGAGGGCCAGAGUGCCAAGGCCCUGGAGGAGUUAAAAAUAUCUUUGGAGAAGCAACAUGCUCAAAAUAAUCAGCUGUGUAUUGCAUUGAAACAUGAGCGGAUGGCCAAGGACAACCUGCAGCAGGAGCUGCAGAUUGAGCACUCGCGCUGUGAAGCCUUGCUGGCCCAGGAGCGCAGCCAGCUAUCCCAGCUCCAGGAGAGCCUAGAGGCAGAGAGGAGCCGCUCCCGGGAGCUGUCGGAGGCCCUGCAGCAUGAGCGGGUCCUGACGGAGCAGCUGAGCCGCAGCACGCAGGAGAAACCUAUGCAGCACACCCUGCUGCGGAAGCUGAAGGAGGAGAAGGCCCGCGUGCAGGAGCUCCAGGCCGUGCUUGCCAGGGUGCAGCAGCAGGCCCUGCACACCCAGCAGCAGCUGGAGGCCCAGGCCCAGGAGCACCGUGUGCAGCUCCAGAAGCAGCAGGAGGUAAGUGCCACCUUGAGGUUGGCGGUGGACACGCUGCAGACGCAGAGCCAGGAGCUGAGAUGCUGCCUGGAGAGCAGCAGGGAGAAGGCAGCUUGGCCACAGGCAGAAUUAGAGCAGUCACACACACGAGGGAGAGCGCACCAAGCCCGCAAGGAAGCCAGGAGGAGGAUGCCGAGGCCCAGCCAGGCAGACGCCGAGGAGUGGAAGAAGUGGCAGAGAGACAAGGAGAAGCUGCGGGAGCUGCAACUGCAGCGCCAGAGGGACGCGCACAAGAUGGAGCAGCUGCAGCAGGUGGUGCGAGGGCUGCGCGUGGAGGAGGAGGAGGAGGCGCCCCAGGGCGAUGGCCCCCGCCCAGGCUCCCUGGAGUCGGACCUCCUGCAGGGGCAGCGGCAGGAGCUGGAGAGGAUUCGCCAGCAGCUGCUCUGUGCUGCUGGACUCUUGGCCAGCUUCGUCAGCCGCACGGUGGACAGGACGAUUCACGACUGGACUGUAUCCAACGAGAAGGCAGUGUCAUCUUUAGUGCAGACUUUACAGGGGCUGAAGUCUGAACUGAGCAUGCCCACCUCCUCCCAGAAGAAAACGGCAGCAGAGCUCCAAGUCCAGCUGGUGGACCUGCUGCUACAGGACAACAACGCGCUCACCAGCGCCCUCAGCACAGCGGCCCGGGAGGAGGCGGAGCUGCGCAGGGUAGUGUCCCGGCUGGAGAGGACCUUGAAGCACCACGCGCAGAAGGGCUGUGUCCUGGGCAGGUCGGGCAGGUCUGCCUGGAAGCACGACAGGACAGUUCCACGGUGCUCAGACCCUGGUCGGCCCACACUGGAGGCAAGCGAGGAAGCAAAUAUCUCCAGCGUCAAAAUGGAGAAGUUGUACCUGCAUUAUUUGAGAGCAGAGAGCUUCAGAAAAGCUCUGAUUUAUCAGAAGAAAUAUCUGUUACUGUUGAUCGGCGGGUUCCAGGAUUCAGAGCAGGAGACACUCUCCAUGAUUGCUCACUUGGGGGUGUUCCCUUCCAAAGCAGAUAAGAAGGGAGCCUCAUCUCGUCCUUUCACGAGGUUCCGCACCGCUGUCAGGGUGGUCAUCGCGGUUCUCAGGUUACGCUUCCUGGUUAAGAAAUGGCAAGAGGUAGAUCGGAAAGGAGUCCCACCACAAGGCAGAGCCCCCCGCCCAGGGCCCCGAGUGCCACAGCAGCAGCUGUCUCCACCAGAAACCAGACUGACCCCACCAACCCAGGACGAGCCUUCUGGCCUCGCCAGGGACACUGCCCAAGGCUCUGGACCUGCAGCAGCAGCCUUUCCAAGCUGGAAGGAGAGAUCUGCUCCAUCCCCAAAUUCAAGAUUAGAAAGAGCUCUGGCUGCCUCUCAAGAUUCAGAACAUUCUUUGACAGAAUAUAUUCACCAUUUAGAAAUGAUCCAGCAAAGACUAGUGGGGGUGCAACCAGAUUCUACUUCAAAGAAAUCCUGCCGCCAGAAGACAAAACAGUGAAUAAAGUCCUGUGGCUCUUAACCUGUGGCCUUUCUAUUUGAGGAAAGGUGUUUUUUCCUAAGGAAAGCGCAUGUGACCUGGGCACUCCUCAUGAGCCCCUGAUGCCAGCCCCAAGUGCCACCAAGUCCCUCCUCGAGGCGUUGCAGCAAAGCCACAUGGAGCAGUUCUGGCAGAUCUCUGUGUGUUCCUGCUCCCAGCCUCCUGGCCUCUGCGUGGCAGCUACAUGGCUGCCCCAGGCCCGUCGGCAGAGCCCCGUGCCUCUUUGGGAGGGGAGUGAGGACAGCUUCCAGUUGUUUAUUUUCUUAAGUGUACAGAUGGGAACUUGUUUAAAGUUUUGAGUUUUAAACGCACACAGGUGGGAAGGAACAAAGUGUAAGCCCUGUUCUGUUGUGAGCAGCCUGGUGCUGGUGUCUGGUUCACCCAGUGUGUGCUUUUCAUUGGCAAAAAAUGAAAAAAUAAAACCUAGAUUUAUGUCA